AUGAAAGCUGAACUCGCGCGGUUACAACACGAGCAGCUUCGGUUGCAUGAAGAGGCUAAGAAGGCAUCUAACGAAACGAGUAGAACGCAAUCUGAGCUCGACAAAGCUCUCCAAAAAUACAAUGCUGUAGAAACCGAUCUGAACAGGCUAAGAAAUCAAUAUCGAUCGUUGGAACGAAGGUUGGAGCAGCUCGAGAUGGACGACGAUUACACUGUCGUAGACAAUAUGAGUAUGUCACAGAAGCAACGGGAGCUGACGGAAGUAAGUAAGAACUAUAAAGAAGUCGAUGCCGAGUUCAACAGCGGCAAGAAGGAGUUGGUCGAGCUCGAGGCUCAAGAAGUGGAAAUGCAGGAGAAGAUUCGACGCAUAGCGGCUGACAUUGAAUCCGACACCAGACGAGCAGCUAGAAUACAGGAGUCUUUGCGGCGAAUAAUGGAUGAAAGUAUACGAGAACUCGAAGUGAAGAAGGAAGAAGCGGAAAAAACGGCUGAACGAAGUAAGGAACUUCCUACACCAUCGUCAAUGUCGAGUCCACCUGAUAUGGAACAGCUUGCUGAUACGGCUGAACUCGAUGAGCAGUAUAAAACACUAACGCUUAAAAUAGAGUCGGCAGAAAAAGUUAUCGGCAGAACAAUCACUCUAGAACAGCUCCAGGCGUUCAAAGACAGCUACGAAGCGUCAAAGAAACAAUAUCUGGAGUUGAAGGCGUUGAACAGGAAGCUCUCGGAGUGUCUCAAAAUACGUAAGGAAAAGUUUCCGAUCAUGUGCCAUGCGAUUACCAUGCGGCUGAAGAUGACAUUUCAAAGGCUCAUGGCCACCAGGUCAUAUCAUGGCAAGUUGGCAGUUGAUCGUCAAAAGGAAGUUAUCAACAUUAGUGUGGCAACUCAUCAGAAAGAUGAUAAUGCUGAGACGGUCACGAAAAGUGUUGUACAGGAUCUGAAAGGUCUUUCUGGUGGCGAAAGGUCGUUCACCACAGCAUGUUUCAUCAUGGCUCUAUGGGAGAUUAUGGAAGCGCCGUUCAGAUGUAUGGACGAAUUUGACGUCUUCAUGGAUAUGAUCAACAGACGCGUUAUUAUGGAUUUACUGGUCAAACUGGCUACGGAGCAAUACUCGCACAAUCAAUUCAUCUUCUUCACCCCUCAGGGAAUCAAAGAGCUUGGCGAACGAGAGCAUGUUCAAGUGUUUGAAAUGCCGAAAGACGAAUCACCGUCUGCAGAUGAAAAAGAGGAAAAGCAGGUGCCACAAUUCUUCACGGUAGAAGGUGUGGUGGGACCAGGAAAUUUCACACGUUAUGAGCUGAAAUUUGCAUAUCCUAUGAGGAUUGUGCUACAGACUUUAGAAGGUGAUGCAGAUAUAUACUUUUCGUAUACCGACAAGUCUGUGUCCUAUGAACUGCAUACGCAUGAUGCCUCAUCGGCUACAUGCGGUCUAGACUACAUUGAUAUCUUGUCAAAUCCUCGUCCUUCUUAUUUAGGGGUGUAUGGCCAUCCUUCGAAAGACGUGUCUUCCUAUCGACUCCUGGUCAUGGUAGCUCCUGAUGGAACUUUCGAUGAACCAGAGCUUAUUCAUCAGUAA